AAUAAACAACCAGGAUAUUUAAUAAAGAACAGUGUUAAACUGCUGAAAGAGGUGAAGCACAAGCCAUCCAGAAGAAUCUCCUGAAAACGCAGAAAUUGUUUGCUACAUUUCACAGACAGAUGGAGCCAAGUCCCGACAUGGAGAAACAUCAGCACUCUAUCAAGAGUUUUACUAAACAGAGUACUCUCAAAAAACACCAGCGCAUUCACACAGGAGUGAAACCGUAUCACUGCUCAGACUGUGGGAAGAGUUUUAAUCAACAGAGUAAUCUCAAAAAACACCAGCGCAUUCACACAGGAGAGAAACCGUAUCACUGCUCAGACUGUGGGAAGAGUUUUAAUCAACAGAGUACUCUCAAAAUACACCAGCGCAUUCACACAGGAGAGAAACCGUAUCACUGCUCAGACUGUGGAAAGAGUUUUACUAAACAGAGUAAUCUCAAACUGCAUCAGCGCAUUCACACAGGAGAGAAACCGUAUUACUGUUUCGACUGUGGGAAGAGUUUUACUCAACAGAGUGAUCUCAAAAAACACCAGCGCAUUCACACAGGAGAGAAACCGUAUUACUGCUCAGACUGUGGGAAGAGUUUUACUAAACAGAGUGAUCUCAAAAUACACCAGCGCAUUCACACAGGAGAGAAACCAUAUUACUGUUUCGACUGUGGGAAGAGUUUUACUAAACAGAGUAAUCUCAAACUGCAUCAGCGCAUUCACACAGGAGAGAAACCGUAUUACUGUUUCGACUGUGGGAAGAGUUUUACUAAACAGAGUAAUCUCAAAAAACACCAGCGCAUUCACACAGGAGAAAAACCGUAUUACUGCUCCGAUUGUGGGAAGAGUUUUACUGAACAGAGUAAUCUCAAACUGCACCAGCGCAUUCACACGGGAGAGAAACCGUAUUACUGCUCAGACUGUGAUAAGUGUUUUACUACACAGAGUAAUCUCAAACUGCACCAGCGCAUUCACACAGGAGAGAAACCAUAUCACUGCUCAGACUGUGAUAAGUGUUUUACUACACAGAGUAAUCUCAAACUGCAUCAGCGCACUCACACAGGAGAGAAACCGUAUUACUGUUUCGACUGUGGGAAGAGUUUUAAUCAACAGAGUCAUCUCAAAAAACACCAGCGCAUUCACACAGGAGAGAAACCGUAUCACUGUUUCGACUGUGGGAAGAGUUUUAAUCAACAGAGUAAUCUCAAAAAACACCAGCGCAUUCACACAGGAGAGAAACCGUAUCACUGUUCAGACUGUGGGAAGAGUUUUACUUUACAGAGUGAACUUAUAUUACAUCAGUGCAUUCACAAAAGAUAGAAAAGUAUCCCAAAUAUGUUCCUCUGCCAUAAAAAAUGCAAACCUUAAAUCUUUCAGACAGCCAAAAACACCUCAUCAUGCACAAAAUCUUCACUCUGUUACAAGAACUUCAUUUAAAAAUGGCUUUUUACAGGUUCAGAAAAAUGAAUCUUAUCCAGAGAUGAUGUUUACUGAAUUUCAUGCUGUGUUUUUAUGUAUGUUUGUAUACCUACAUUAGUUAAUGCCUGCAGAGCUCUUCAACACUUAGUGUUGUGUUUUAAGAAGUUUUUACACACAGAAUCAUAAAUGGUACCACUAACAGCAUAAACUAGGAACAUACAUUUUUACAAUUUUUUCAGUGAUAUGCUGAAUAAAUAGUAAAGCGAUGAUGCUAGCUCAGAGUAAAAUCGUAUAUUAAAUCUCAGCAUUAGCUUUAGAACUAAUAAUAAACAAAAGUGAGGAUUUUAUCAUUCUGGGACAUUUUUAGGUUUAAAAAUUGAAUAUGCUUUGCCAUAAGUAGGAAAUGAUCAUUUGGUCAACUUAUGUCAUUUACAGCCUUAACACAUUCUCAAUUGUUUACAUA